CAUGAGACGAAUGCAGCGUGUAUUAGAAGACGAUAAAUCAUUAGCACCCAAGGAUUACUUUGAGAGAUUUGAAGAUGUUCCUGUUCCAUCGCAGAGAGAUGUAAGAUCAGCAUGUGCUAAUGAUAAGUGUCUAUUUACGACCAACAUGAGUCCUUUCCCAAGACCAGAGGACAUUGAAUUCACAAAGGAAUUCAUACCAAAUCUGCACCACCUUGAUGCCCUUUAUGAAGAUGGUGGAUUUGAUCUUCCACAGAAACAUUACUGGAACACCCAUUCUUUUCACAUGGCAGUCGAUAUGGACCCCCAAACAUGUUGGAACACUCACAAAAGUCCUCGCGCUGGAGAUUAUUUUGGAUUGGCUAUAGUGGGAGAUAUUACUGUUCGUCAAUUGACUGUUUUUAGUAGCCAAGAACUCAAGCGCCCAGACAAGAUGUUCAAUGUGUUUGUUAAAGAAAAUGGUGUUAAAUGGGUGGAAUGCAAUGUCUCAAGCUCUAGAAAAGCCCCUGUGUCACGUAAUGCUGUACUAAAUCUUAGUUGUCCUGGUGUAACGAGCAUAAAAGCCAUCAAGGUAUCCUUCCAAGAGGAUCAAAAAGAGCCAUUUGAACUUUGUGGGCUUGCUCUUGAUCGUUUCUUUGUUUAACAUCGUUUUAGAUUCAUUAAUUAAUAAAUUAUUCGAUUUUUUUUGCCUUUCC